AAGCGCGAACGAAAGUUGAUGACGUAAUGACUAAAUGGAUGAAAAGGUGAAAGGAAGGGUACUAAGGUAGUGGGAGUUUUGAAUGGAGUGUUCGUGAUGAUUUAAAAUGGAAACAUGGGAUGAUGUAUCUGAUGAUCUGAAAGAGUAUUUGUGGGAUAGAACUUAUUCAACAAUAAGCUCAGAUAAGGAAAAUGGUCUUGAUUCCAAAAAAGAAAUUCUUGGGAGAAUUUUUAACAACCUUUCCAAGCCACCAAAGUAUACAGUUGUCAGAAUUAAUACCCUGCAAUGUUCAAUUGCUGAAGCAAAGUCAUCUCUUCAGAAUUAUUUAGAACAGGAGUACCCCUAUGGGUCAGGACAAUCUUUCAACGCGACAGGGCAUCCACACAUACCAGAUAUUUUGCUGGUGUCUGCUGUUGAUGUUUCAAGCAAACCCAAAGAAUGCCCAAAUGAAGUAAUUGUUGGUUGUCAGUGCGGUACCGCUGUGUUGAGAGGAGCCCACGUUUUUGCACCGGGUGUAAUAGCAGCUCCUAUUGGUAUGAAAAGAGGUGACGUUGUCUCGGUGUAUUCUGAUGUUGAUGGUCAGUGCAGGAAAGGGUUGACUAAGAAAUUUGGUGGAAGAAAAAUAUUUGUUGGAAAUGGGAGAGCUGAACUGGCACGAAAUGAAAUAUUCUGUGUUGACACUGCACCCAGUGGCAUUGCUGUAAGCAUGACAGAGCCAUUAUAUCCCUUGCCAUCCCUAAAUGGAUACUCAUCACACUGUGCGUUCUUACAAAACCUACCAUCAGUUGUGACGUCACAUGCACUCGCGCCAAGGCCUGGGGAGACAAUUCUUGAUAUGUGCGCUGCCCCAGGUGGAAAAACGACCCACAUUGCUCAAAUUAUGCAAGAUAAGGGUGUAAUAUUUGCUUUGGACAAAAGUAAACCGAAAAUUGACAAAAUCAUACGAAAUAUACAGAACUUAAACUUAACCAGUAUCAAGCCAUUUCUAUGGGAUGCAACGAAGGCCAUUUGUGAUGUCGAGGGAAAAAAAGAAUUAGACAAGCCACCUUUCGCAGCCGGCACAUUUGAUCGCAUUCUCCUUGAUGGCCCCUGCAGUGCUUUGGGCCAGCGGCCUCAGCAUUCAUUAAUUAGAAAAUCCCGUCAGGAACUGGAGUCGUUUCCAAUCUACCAGAGAAAACUCCUAAACACGGCUGUACGAUUGUUAAAAACUGGUGGAACUUUAGUCUACUCCACGUGCACGAUACCAUCCGAAGAGAAUGAAAGACAAGUGGCCUGGGCACUAGAUAAAUUCCCUUGCUUACAGUUAGUUAAACAAGAUAUCCACAUUGGCGGUUUUGGAUUAGCGAACUGCGGUUUGUCAGAAGAACAAAGGCGAUUAGUUCAAAGAUUUGAUCCGCUUGAUAUAGAUAAACAAUGUAGACCUCCGACCGACUGUGAUACAAUUGGCUUCUUUAUUGCAAAGUUUUAUAAGAAGGAAACGACGUGAUACAUGUGGAAACAUAUUAGGAAAUUUUGAUAUCAGAAGACGAUAACGAUGCCUGAUAUAAAAUUAAAGGAAAACCAUAAUAUAAUAUAAAAUUAAAGGAAAACG